AUUAUUGCAAUCACCCACCUACAGCCGUAACAUCAAAGAAGCCUGUCUGGAGAUUGACGAUCGAUACGGCGAGAUAAAAACUACGUAGUGCGGCACGUUAGCCAUCGCCAUCUAUGUUUAUCUACUAGUAUCAAUCUUUUGCUAGCUAGCUGAAGCCAUCCUCAUAUUUCUAAUCAUGACAGCAGAAUCCACUUCCGAUACAGGUACUACUGGUACUAUUAAUAGUACUGGCAUGCUGUACGACCCGAAUCGAGCCGUGUCGAUGGCUCAGUUGGAAGCGGUAAUGAACCUGUUGGUGCAUCCUGUCUGGAUUUUUGACCUGAAGGUUGGGCGAAGAAUGCGUUGGGGAAAUCAGGAGGCCGUUGAAUUUUUCAAUUGUGCUACGUUGCAAGAAUUUGUCGACAGAGAUUUCACCAAGAUGAGUGAAGCCGUGGAGAAGCGCAAUGACGAAAACCAAGCAGCCAUUGAACAGGGGCAAAGACUGGUAGAUCAGUGGACGUACUACCCAAAGGGACAAGCCAAGACUGUCAGAGUCACCACCAGCGGAAUCUGUCUACUCGAUGAUAUUGAUAUUGACACCCAGGCAGGAUUGCAUGUCUGUUUUCUGUGUGAAGCAGUUCCCAUGCAGGAUGAAGUUGUUGACAAUAAUGUCCUCAGAGGAGUGGAAAUGCUGCGCCACUUGCCCAUUGCAGUCUGCCAGUUCGACACGAAGGGAAACUGCAUGUUCCAAAAUCCCGAGGCUUGUCUGUAUGAAGAAGAAACUGAACAAGAGCCAGAACAAGAGCGCAAACAAAAACAAAAGCAGAAACCUGAACCAGAAAGAGAAAGUGAUCCCCCAGAGACAAACCACAAAGAUCAACCCAGCAACCCACAAGAAAUCAAGUCCAACAGAAGGAGGAGAAGCAAUAACAGAUGCAUUGCUGCUAGUGCUACUGCUAGUAACGACACAGAAACAUCCUCCUCAGCCAAGUGCACCCAUAAAAGACCAGCAAGGCAGAGGAGCAAACGACUGUCUUCGACACUUAACAUGGAGGCUGCAGCAGCGGCUGCAGCCGUAGCAAUGGCUGUUGACUCAUCCCAAAGAAGCAAUGCAACCCACUCAUCCACCACGCACAACAAAAGACGGAAAAGGGCUGAUGGAAAUCUGCUAAGCCGAUUUGUUGAUCCAGCCGUGGGCACCAAAUUCUUGCAUCAGAUUCUACAAACUUUUGCCAAUACACAACUCUCCACAACCUGUCUCGAAUUGGAAGCCAUGCUGCACACACGAAGGGGGCCUAUUUGGUCCGCUGUUCAAGUCCGACAGUCUGCUGACCCUGUCACUGGAGAAUCGGUUCUUCUUUUCAAUGCCCGUGAUAAAUCAGAUGCUGUAGAAGCACGCAAAGAAAAAAGAGCCAGAGAACAAAAGGCAGAGUUCCUGGCAAUCAUGGCCCAUGAAAUCAGAACACCACUGCAUCAGGUCACCGGAUUUGUCGACCUGCUUGAUCAAACACAACUUGACAAGGAGCAAAGAUCAUUUGUGGGUGUACUCAAAACAUCCGUCCAGGGACUCAUGACUGUCACCAAUGAUGUACUUGACUACAGCAAGCUGGAAGCCGGACACAUGAAAUUGGAAAACAUACCCUACGAACCCCUAGCUGUUGCCAAAGGAUCCCUAGAAGCAGUCAGGGCUGCAUGUGAAGAACGAAAUCUGUACCUACAACUCGAUUGGGAUACUCGCAUACCCUUCAAACUGAAAAAUGAUCCCAAUCGACUCAGACAGAUACUUCUCAAUCUGCUUUCGAAUAGCGUCAAAUUCACAAAAAAAGGCGGCAUUACAGUUCGAGCAUGCUAUCUGAAUGGCACCACUGAUGACAGCAGUCAAAGGGACCAUUCCUAUGGUGAACACAAGGCAGAUGGCACCACAAAUUUUACAACAAUCAAGGAGAACAACCACGGCAAACCCAUGGUCAAAUUCACUGUCAGUGACACUGGCAUUGGAAUAAGUGAAGAGCACAAGAAGGUCAUCUUUCAAAAAUACCAGCAAGCCAAUGCCACCAUAGCCAGAAACUAUGGUGGAACAGGGUUGGGGCUCAGCAUUUCAAAUUCACUGGUGGAAAUGAUGGGGGGGUCCAUGGGAGUGGAGAGCCAGGUAGGCAAUGGAGCCACAUUGUGGUUUCUCCUGCCUGCAGUCAUACCCACCGAGAAGGAUCUUGCAGGUGAAAUGGACGAAGACGAAACGACGCUGCCAACAAGCCCCACAGCCACCAUCAGUAACGGUAGCAGUUGCACACCACAAUAUUCUUGCCAGAGCACCCAAAAUGGAAGCAAUAGUGGCAGCAGUGACAACAUGGCCAAACCAAGGAUGGGGCUCAAUGUCCUAGUGGCAGAAGACAACAAAGUCAAUCAGAAGCUAGUUGUCAAUAUGCUGCGUCGGUUGGGGCACACGGCUUCAGUUGCUGAAAAUGGCAAAGAGGCCAUCGAAAUGAUUGAGAAGGGUGGUGCCAAUCAAUUUGACAUCUGCUUGAUGGACAUCCAGGUACGUACCGGUGGUGGAUACCUCUUCAGCUCAAACCCAUCCAAAAGCAAUGAACUGACCCAUCAUGACCCUGACACACAACUUGAUGAUGCUCAUGGACAGAUGCCUGUAUGUGAUGGGUUCGAGGCAACCAAAAGACUACGAUCUAUGGGGUAUACCGACCUACCAAUUUAUGGUUUGACGGCAAGCAUGGCACGGUCAGACUUUGUUGAGCUUGGGUUCAAUGACUGGCUCCCCAAACCAAUUCGACUGAAAGAUCUCAAGGUCAAACUCAAUCAUUUGUGGAAACUGCAGCAUCAGAGUCACCAGGAGGAACACGAACCACAAUGCAAGGUAUCGACUUCCUUGCAUUGUGUUGAAUGUUAGAGAACCAUGGUGGGUGGAUAUCAGCAUGUCGAUAUCCAAAACGGGCUGGGCCUGCAUUGCUGAGGGUGGAUCGAUUAUAAUUUAAAGUAAGGUGCUAUUUGUAUGGAUAACGGGGGAUCAAGCCAUCAUGAGCAAUGAAUAGAUUAGUCGCUUCAGAUUUGAGAAUUCA